UGUGUGUGUGUGUGUGUGAAUAUGAGGGCAUGUCUGCUGUGUGAACGCACAAGGCGAAACACUAAAGAGCUGCUGCCCUCGCGCUGUCCUCGCACACAUCACGCGGGGUUUUUUCGGGGAAACAUCCACGCACGGAUCCGGGAGGAUAGCGCAGUGUCGCGGCUCUGGAGAUUAAAUUCCUCGCGCAGAGAUCAGCAACACUGAAGCACCGCAGAGGAGCAGAGAGUCACUGACAGGCGCUCGGCGGGGCGGGAUGGACUACAGUUAUGACACGGACCUGGAAGAGUUGUGUCCGGUGUGUGGGGAUAAAGUUUCUGGCUAUCAUUAUGGUUUAUUAACCUGCGAGAGCUGCAAGGGUUUCUUUAAGAGGACCGUACAGAAUAACAAACGGUACACCUGUGCGGAGAGUCAGGACUGUAAGAUUGAUAAAACCCAGAGGAAACGCUGUCCGUUCUGCCGCUUCCAGAAAUGUCUGAACGUCGGGAUGCGGCUGGAAGCUGUCCGUGCGGAUAGGAUGCGAGGAGGGCGCAAUAAAUUUGGCCCCAUGUACAAACGAGACAGGGCAUUAAAACAGCAGAAGAAAGCUCUCAUCCGGGCUAGCGGCUUAAAGAUGGAAGCCACGCCCCCUUUGCUGUCAUCACCUCAGUCUGACUACAGCUUCAGCAUCGCUCUGUCCACCCCAGCUCCAGAAAACAUGCAACCAAACAUCGGCACCACGGUGGCCCCUAUCGAUUAUGAACGCAACCUCUACGCAUCCAGUUCCCUGGGCUUAUCCGUCCCCAUCCCAGCCCACACCCCUCUGCCAGCACAGUACCCAACGUAUCCCACCCUGCCCAGCCGUGCCAUCAAGUCAGAGUACCCAGACCACUACACAAGCUCAGAGCACUACACCAGCGCCAGCUCCCCAGAAUCUGUUCCAGGCUACACAUAUGUUGAACAGUUGCGAGUGUCGACCAGCACACCGCUCGCCCCGCCGGGUUUAACGGUACCACCACUGGUUCUGGAGUUUGUUCGCUGUGAGCAAGAUGAGCUGCAGGUGCAAAGUAAGAUAAGCGCUCACCUGGUCCACCUGCAGCAGGAACAGAAGUCUCGGAGCACGGCGGACAAUCAGGAACAGAACAUACGUCUUGCUGCCAAACAGGAACGGCUCAGCACCUUUGGCCUGAUGUGCCACAUGGCCGAUCAGACGCUCUUCUCUAUAGUGGAGUGGGCGAGGAGCUGCAUCUUCUUUAAGGAACUCAAGGUGGGAGAUCAGAUGAAGCUGCUGCAUAACUGCUGGAGUGAGCUGCUUGUGCUGGACUACAUCACCAGACAGUUGCAUCAUGGGAAAGAGGACAGUGUGCUUCUCAUCACAGGACAGAAGGUUGAGCUUGUGUCCUUACUGGCCCAGGCAGGGGUCACUCUGAGCGGGAUGAUACAGAGAGGUCAGGAGCUGGUGCACCGUCUACGAGAGCUUCAGCUGGACCGCAGAGAAACUGCCUGUCUCAAAUACCUCAUCCUCUUCAACCCUGAUGUGAAACUGCUGGAAAACCAGCCUUACGUGGAGAGCGUGUACGAGCAGGUGAACGCCGCGCUGUUGGAGUACACACUGUGUGCGUAUCCGCAGUUCCUGGACAGGUUUACCCAGAUUCUGCUGCGCCUUCCCGAGCUCAGAGCACUGAGCACACAAGCCGAAGACUACCUGUGCUACAAACACCUGAGCGGAGAGGUGCCAUGCAACAACCUCCUCAUAGAAAUGCUGCAUGCCAAGAGAACCUGCAUCUGACACACACACACAUUCACAGGCCCGAUUCCUUUCGCAGAGGACACUUUUAUCGACCAGAUGUUUAGCAGAAGUCGUCUUUUGCACACAGAAAACCUCAUCAACCAUGCCACUGUGUUUCUGAAAGGAAAGAGGGGAGAUGUCAGUGUUAAUGACUGUGUUUAUGAUAUAGAGCGAUGCAAUGAUGACCUAUUUUUGUUGGCCAAACAGGAAGUUAGCAUUAACCUGGUUCCUUUGACAAAAACCCAGUAAGAAUUUUCCAUUGGUUUUUGAUUAUUGUAGAAAAUAAGCUCUAUGAGCAACAAAUUUAAAAACACACACAAGCAUGUAUUAUGUAUUUUAUGUCAUUGAAUAAAACAUGAACAUAUCUUGAGCUUGUUAAACAUAGACCUAAUUUUAGUCAUAUUAACCCAUUUAAAACCCCAUUGAGAUCAGGACAAUGAAACCGGAAGUGCUUCAUAAAAUGCUUGUUUUCAGUUUUUUUGGCCUACAAAAAUACAUCAUCCCUUCAAGACUCUAUUUGUAAAAAGCAACAGAUUGUGCCUUCCCUAUCUCAUUACACACACACACACACACACACACACACACACGCCGUCUUAAGAAAAAAAUACACUAAUCAAAAGGUGAGGCACAGACUCAUAGCCAAGCUGGAAAAAUGGAUGAACCUCAAGAGAUGUCUGUAAGAUGUCCUUUUUAAGCAAGAGGGAGAAAGAAAGAAAGAAAGAAAGAAAGAAAAGAAAGAAAGAAAGAAAGAAAGAAAGAAAGAAACUGGAAAGGCCUCACUCAACACAAAGCAUUUCCUGCACCCACAUAAUAGCUCUGCCAUAAAACCUAGUGAGCUGCCUACAUAGACAGCAUCAUAGACAGCAUCAUCCAAAUGGUUGAUGAGGCAGGACUAAGACUUAUUUUAUUCAAUAUUAAAAAGUACUGCUAAUGUAAUCACAUUUAAAUAAAAACAACCUAUUUUAGUUCUGUGUAUUUUAAAAUUAAACAUUAAACAUAAUUUGCAUACAAAUAUACUAUAGUUCAAAAGAUUUUUUAAUUAGUCAGCAAGCAAACAAUUGAUCAAAAGUGACAUUUAUAAUGUUACAAAAGAUUUCAAAUAAAUGCUGCUCUUCUAAACUUUCUAUUUAUCAAAGAAUCCUGAAAAGAGGGUAUCAGCAUUUCCACAAAUACACAUGAAGCAGGACACACUGAUAAUAAGAAAUAAUAAGUUUCUUGGGUAAAUCAGCAUAUUAGAAUGAUUUUUGAAGGAGUUAUGAUGCUGAAAACUCAGCUUUGCAUCACAGAAAUAAAUUACAUUUUUAAAUAUAUUCAAAUAAUAACUAAAAAAAAUCAUUAUUUCAAAUCAUAAUAAUAUUUUAGAAUUUUACUGACUUUUUGAUCAAAGCAAUGCAGGUAAGAAACUUCUUGUGCUAAAAGCAUUAAAAAAGUUACCAACCCCAAACAUUUGAAUGUAAAUUAUGAAAAAUACAUUGACCUAUUUGAGUAUCACAUCAUCAUCUUAGCUACAAGCUAACACUAAACUCUCGAGUUUCAAGUUAUUCACUCAUGCGGUGCAAUGAUGAUAACAGUGCUACCUAGGCAUUAAAAUCAGUAGACAGCAAGGCAGCGCAUUAGGUUUUGGAAACGAAUCUCUUAAUGCCUAUACAAGUAUUUAUCAAACAAUGCACACUAAAACCCACACAUUAUCACCACAUGAUCAUAUGUUUAAAAUGAGCUGAGUGUGUGUGCAUAUGCUGAGGAAAGGGGAAGUAAAUUAGGACUUGCAAUUCUGCCUUAACACUAACACUGUUGAUCCUGUGACGCUGAGAGAAUCAAUAGGCAUAAAUAACUAUUCAGAUGUGUGUUUGUGUCUCUGUGUGAGUGUGUGAGAGGGUUUGUGUGUGUGACUGUUAUCUCAAUAUUAAGCCCCUCUCAAGCUUAGGCCGAGCUGAUUAUGAUAUCUCAGCAUGUUUCAGUUUUGUAGUGGAGUGUCUGAUUGGUCAGGUUCUCUUUCAUGUAACAUGUUUGUGUUAAUGACAUUUAUUAUGAAUGUGCUUAACUGUAUUGUUUCAAAUGAAUAAAUACAGAUUAUUUAAACCA